AUUCCAACAAAGAAAAUCCUUUUGGUAAAAGUUUCCAAGGUGGCAAACUCAUCUUUUCCAUUACGCCAACUCCUUUCUUCGUCCCCCUCAUUGUUUUCCGUUGUUCUAUCGAAGUCGCCAUUAUUGCUUCUGCUGCUUCUUCUUCUUCUCACUUUCAUUUUUGUAUCGAAGAUCUACCCUCCUCUUUUCAGGGUUUAGUGAUAUUUGGAGAAAUUGUGCUUAUUUCCAGAUUUGAAACUAAUACUGCAAUGCAAAGAAUGGAAGUGGUUAGUAGAAUUAAUUGAGGUCAAUCAAUCCAGUUGACGAAUUGUUGCUGGAAAAGAGAAAAAUGGCGCUUAUUUUAUAUAUCAUCAUUGCAUUGCCGUGUACGAUUGGAGCGUUUGCCCUCGCAAUUUUUCACAUAUACCGUCAUCUUGUAAAUUACACUGAACCUACUUUCCAGAGAUAUAUUGUCCGUGUCAUUUUCAUGGUUCCGGUUUAUGCAUUGAUGUCUUUCUUGGCCUUGAUAAUGCGGGAUAAAGCGAUAUAUUUCAAUUCUCUAAGAGAAAUGUACGAAGCAUGGGUCAUAUAUAAUUUCUUAUCCCUCUGUUUGGCAUGGGUGGGUGGACCAGGGGCUGUUGUACUAAGUUUAAGUGGACGAGUUUUGAAGCCUUCAGUGUGCCUGAUGACUUGUUGCUUCCCUCCGUUACCAUUGGAUGGGCGUUUUAUACGGAGGUGUAAACAAGGGUGUCUGCAGUUCGUCAUUUUGAAACCGAUUCUGGUGGCUAUUACAUUCAUGCUCUAUUCAAAGGGGAAGUAUGAAGAUGGAGACUUCAGUGCAAAUCAGUCCUACCUUUAUAUCACUAUUAUAUAUACCAUUUCAUAUUCUAUUGCUCUCUAUGCAUUGGUCUUGUUCUAUGUUGCAUGCCGAGAUCUUCUCCAGCCAUUCAAUCCCGUUCCAAAAUUUGUCUUGAUAAAAUCGGUUGUUUUCUUGACAUAUUGGCAGGGAGUCUUGGUUUUUCUUGCAGCCAAGUCUGGACUCAUAAAAAAUGCAGAGGAUGCUGCUGAUGUUCAAAAUUGUAUUAUUUGUGUUGAGAUGCUCAUGGCUGCCAUUGGUCACUUUUUUGCUUUCCCUUCCAAGGAGUAUGCUGGUGCAAAUAUUGGCAUCUCUCUUGGUCUCACUGGAAGCCUCGCUCAUGCAUUGAAACUGAAUGACUUCUAUCACGAUACUGUUCAUCAGUUUGCACCAACGUAUCAUGAGUAUGUGCUUUAUAACCACAGUGAUGGAGAAGAAGGGCCUAGGAAGUACCGCUCACGUACUUUUGUGCCUACUGGACAAGAGAUGGAUGUUGUUCGAAGAAAUAAACACAUGUUUGGGAACAAGCUGGAUGACACUCAACACUCAAGCCAUUCAUCCUCCACAACGAGCAGCCCCGAAAAUCCCAUGGUUGAAUCCAAUUCAAAUUCAGAAAAGAUGAACAAUUUUCUCCUUGUUGAUACUACAAAUUCUGUAACGGUCCCAUACGAUGUGACUCUAAUCGAUCUAGACCUUUCCAAUUACCCUUCAGAUGUUCCUGCAGUAGGUGACACCACAAAAAAGUGACAACUCCCUCCCUCCCAAACAGGUUAGCCAGAUAUUGUCUCGUGUUGUAAAAACCGUAUUUUUGGACUCUAAACCACCGGCGGCUGAAAUUAGUUCGACGUUUGAAGGCAUGUUAUCGCUGCAUAUAUGUUCUGCUGCCUUGGUUUUUCUAGAGUGGUGUAUUGUGAAGUGUAAAUGAAAGUAGGUUUUUUAGGGGAGUAUAGUUUCAGAUGUAAAGCACAGACCGCGCCGGUUGAUUUUAACAUGAAUUUGUUAGAUUUAUCCUAAAAUAAACUAUUGUGGAAAGGAAAUUUAUGUUGCGAAAUUGGACGUUGUUAAUGAUCAAUGUGUUAUCUCAUGUGGGUGGGUUACCUCUUGGAUAAAUGAAGUUCUUUCUCUUUUGAUGCU